ACAGUCUGAGACCGCGACAUCUGAGACCGCGACACCGGCUCACUGCGUGCAACCACAACACCUGGGGGUCAACAGUUCGACAGGUUGUAAACAUUCUUGUACACGGGUAGAUACAAGUGAGUGUAUCCGCAACGGAAAUAGUCUUCAGAAAAGGUAAAAGAACUGUACCACAUUCUAUGUCUAAGUCAGCCUAAUUAUCAUCAACCUUGAAUCAUGCAGCAGGUGCCAGAUCCACCAUGAUAUUGUUGAAAACACAGUGCCUUUGACAACAGCCACUAUAAAACAGAAACCAUUACGUUUAUGACUGAGAAUCAGCCAAGAUAAUUCUGUGGUGGGAAAGGCAAAAUGUCUCCAGUAAAACAGUUGUAAGCAAAACACUGGAACACCAUGCUAAAUUAGCUUGUGCUGACAAGAAAAAUAGGAAAGAAGAAAGCAUGGAAACAACCAAACAUGAUGAUAGUGAAGAUAGCAUGGAGAAUAAAACUGAUGAUAAACUGCCACUGAAUCAUAGAACAAAUAUGUGUGAAUCUCCAGCGGAGGAGACAGAAUACCAGAAGGCUGGUUCUAUUCAUCUUCACAAGAAUUCAUCUAAGGAGAAAUUUGAUUUGCUUGGCUUGUUGUCUCCUGCUAUUCCCUUAUAUCCACACAUGAAUGGGACAGACAGCAUUUCACAGCAGUUUGAACAGUUAAGUGGCAAAGACAAGAAUCUCAUUUUGGUGGCUGCACAUGUGGAUGAUGCCUUGAGGGGAAGAGGUGCUUAUGGGAAGGCGAGAGCCAUUUUUAAACUAAAAUGGCAGCGACGGUGUUUUGCCAUCAUAGACAGCAAAUGGUUCAACAGAGUCAUGUAUGCUUUCAUACUUUUACACACUGCAUUGGUGUUUUUUGAGCCUACACAAGCACAUGUUAAACCGGGGCAGUAA